GUAUUUUCUUCCCUAACUGUGGUGUUCGAGCCAAUUUGUUGCCGCAAUUUGAUUAAUUCAGUGGGCAAUCUGAUAUAGUCGAUGACUAAAUGUGUUCAUAAUUGUUAAGAGUAGAAUUUUGACUCAUUUUUUUACUGAUUUUUCUUCAGCAGUACGCAAUGGCGAUCAACCCGAAGACGGAAUUUCCAGAAGAUAGACUGAACUUCGAGGCACUCAAAUCCCACCACAAGUCAAAAGCUAUUGCAUCAAUCAGCAAACAACAGAAUCCAUUUGAUCUCUUACGCAUAUUGUAUGAGGGAGCUGUAUCAGGAGCUGCUGCUGGUGUUGUUGUAGAAGCUGCUUUGUAUCCAAUUGAUACAAUUAAAACUCGUCUUCAAGCAGUUCGUGGUGGAGGACAGAUCAUUUUGAAAGGUCUUUAUUCAGGAUUGGCUGGAAAUCUAGUUGGAGUCUUACCAGCAUCGGCAAUAUUUAUUGGUGUAUAUGAACCUGCGAAGAGAAAAUUGCUGGACAGCUUCCCUGAAAACCUUAGUGCCUUAGCUCAUUUGACUGCAGGUGCUAUUGGCGGAGCUGCUUCUUCUAUUGUUCGUGUACCCACUGAGGUAGUUAAGCAAAGGAUGCAGACUGGCCAAUUUUCUUCUGCCCCUGAUGCGGUCCGACUCAUUGUUGCUAAGGAAGGGUUUAGAGGCCUUUAUGCUGGGUAUGGUUCUUUUCUACUGAGAGACUUACCAUUUGAUGCUAUCCAGUUCUGUUUAUACGAGCAGCUGCGGAUGGGGUAUAAGUUAGCUGCCAAAAGGGACCUUAAAGAUUCCGAGAAUGCAAUGAUUGGUGCCUUUGCAGGUGCAAUAACAGGAGCUAUAACUACUCCUCUUGAUGUGAUAAAAACAAGAUUGAUGGUUCAGGGUUCAGCAAAGCAGUAUGAAGGCAUUUUGCAUUGUGUUAAAACUAUUGCAAGAGAAGAAGGAGCCUCUACUCUUUUUAAGGGAAUAGGGCCACGAGUACUUUGGAUAGGUAUUGGAGGAUCCAUAUUUUUUGGUGUUCUUGAAAGGACAAAGAAACUAGUUGCUGCAAAACAGCCUAUUGAUUAGAAUUUGAAUCCUUCGAAAUUGGACUAUCAAUUUGUCUCAGGUACAUUGUAGCUACGUGACUGGACAUAGUUCUCUUGAAACGUUUCUUCAUUUCUCAGUGAAUUAUUGUUGGUUGAACCCUGUUGAUUGUGGGCAACGUAUGGCGGGGUGUUAGUGUAAUGCAGGGAGAAUUGGGUCAAUGUUGUGCAGUUUGCCUUUCCUUUUCUCUGCACUAUUAUUC